AUUUAUGUGGUUAUUUGGAGGAAGAAGACGAAAGUACCACCUUUCAAAAAUUCAUAGACCAUCUGCUCCAUAAAGACGUGGUAGAUUCUGGGAUAUUGGAAGAUCUUGGAAUGAAUGAAAACCAAGACAAGAAGUGGCAGAAGGAUCCUCAUCUUACCAUGGAGAUGAGACAUAAGCAGGUAAAAGAAAAUCGCUUAAGACGUGAGAAAGAACUGGAGCGCCAGAGAAUUGAAAAGACCCUGAAAAAAUCAGCCUUCUUAGAGGCUCAGUAUCUGGUGAAAGAAGAGAAAAAAAGGAAGGCUCUAGAGGCCAAGAAAGAGGAGGAGGAGAUUCAAAGGGAGAUGGUAAAGCUGCGGAGGGAGAUAAUUGAGAGGAGACGCACUGUGGAAGAAGCAUGGAAAAUAGAGAAGAAAAAGCAAGAAGAAAAUUCUCCAAAAAAUCCGGAGAAAGGCAUGUUUCAAAAUGUUCAUAUUCUUCUGGAUGAAAAAAAAAUGGCAAAAGAAAGAAAGAAGAAACUGAAAGAGUUAUUAAUCCAAACUUUCAAGGAAAAUCACCAGUGUCAAAAACGGUAUUUCUCUGCCUGGCACAAGCUGAUUCUUGAUCAUAGGAUUAAGCUGGGGAAAGCUGGGACCCUGUCUGACUGGAAGUUGCAACUGAAGGUCCUGCGGGCCUGGAGAGACUACACAAGAUCCCAGAAGUUGGGGCGGGAGACUCAAGCCAUGGAAAAUGACCUUAGGGAAGAAAACAGAAAACAACAACUGGCCACUGACUAUAACCGGAAACAAGUUCUCCGACACCAUUUUACAGAAUGGCAGCAUUGGCACCGUGCAGAGAUCCAAAACAGAGAGCUGGCUGUUACAAAGGAGGAAACUAGGAAGAAAAUGAAUGAGCUGCUGAAGGCAGUGUCACUAGGGAAAGUCAGUGCAAACGUGUCAUCAAGCAUCCGUCUACUUGAGGAGGCAACAGCCAUGGAGGAUCCACCUAGAAAUGGAGAGGCGGCUGCCGUCCCCUCUUUGUGGGAAAAGCCUCCCUUGGGGACCAAUGGUUAUGUGCCCAGCCCCCACCUAGGAAGACCAACAAAGGACAUCUUGCAGGUUCCCCUCCAGAAUGUCCCUCUGGAUACAUCUGACAGUAAACCGCACAAGGCCCUAGAUGUUGAGCCCUCCCAACAGCCUGGCAACAAAGAGAAGCUCAGAAUCAGCAGCCAGAAAGCAGAACCUAUGUGCAUGGGUCAUUUCCAUAACCGCCACAUCUUCCAGCAACAGCUGAUUGAAAAGCAGAAGAAGAAACUUCAGGAACAGCAGAAAACAAUUCUGGAGCUGAGGGAAAACCAGCGGCUGGCAGAGGCCCGGCGGGCAGCAGGGCAUGCUGACACACAGAGCUGCCUGCUGUCAAACCCCAGAGAAGAUGAACGAAAAAGAACCUGCCAGGUGCUUCCAAAUUCACCUGUUGCUUCCCCUGGGACUGAAGGUAGUAGAAGUGACUCCCGAAGUUCUCUGUCUGGACCCAGAAGGAAUCCAAGGCAGCUGAUGGCACCCCAUCCCAUACUGAAAGCCAUGGAAGAGAGAGCAGUUCAGCGAGCUGAACGUAGGCGGAUCUUGGCAGAGAGGAAGAAAAAAAAAGAAGAGGAGAAAUUGGCCCAGUUAAAGGCCCAAGAGGAGGAGCGUCGGAAGAGGGAGGCCGAAGAAAAGGAGGCUCAGCUUGAGAAAAAACGAGAAGAGAAGAGACUGAAGAAAAUGAAAGAACUAGAGAAGCAGAAGAGAAUUAAGAGGAACCAGCAGCUGGAAGCAAUAGCCAGAGAACAUUAUGAAAGCGUAUUGCUAAGAAAAAAAGGUCUGGAGCCUUGGAAGAGACUGAGAAUGCAAAGCAAGCAAAACCUCCAGGUGGCCAAAGGACAUCACUCUUUGGCCCUACAGAGGAAAUGCCUGCUGACCUGGUUCCAGUGGAGUCAGGAAAGCCUGGCUAGGAAGAUGGCCAAAGCUGAUCAAUUUUAUUCCCAAAUAUUACUUAGGAGAGUCAUCCGGGGCUGGCUACAGUACAUGACUGACCUCGAGGAAGCAGUACAAACACUGUGUGUACAUUUUCUUCAGAAGAAGAUUUUCAGGGCCUGGUAUAACAUGGUCAGGGAGGCCAGGCUCGAUUCCCAGAACAAGCACAAGGUUGCGGCGGAGCACAGUGACAGGAGGAUUCUCUGGAUCACAUUUCAGACAUGGAAGAAGUUUACAAAAUUUACGAAAGAGGAAAGAGGAAAAGAAGAAAGGCGAGAGCAGCUCCGUAGGAAGGUAGCUGAAAUUCUUCCAGACUUCCAGAUGCUCACACCGCUGUGA